AUGAAUCCAUCACCUUUGGACUUUAUACAGCAUCCAACGUUGCCAAAGGGCAACUUCCUGCUCCAUGGUUGCUUCCCCAACACAUCAUUCGACUUUGGUGAUAUGCCCAUAACCGUCAGACUGCUGACCAACGAGGAGGUGAUCGACGUUGUCACAUCGUACACCAUAGACCACUUCAUUGCCUUUAUGGACAUUGAGACUACACCCGAUAACUUCAUCUAUGCCGACUGUCCGUUCAGUCCACAUCUAAUGACAAUCGAAAACUUUGCCGCGAAGAAGUUCGAGUUUGACUUGGACCCAACCAGUAUCUUCUAUCAGGUGCACAAGGGCGUCCCGCUGUUCAUCCGAUCAUCAGACCCCCGAGACCAGACAUUUGGCUUCAUCCCCAAUCCAGCGGCCUUGGAGUUGGCCGACAUGGACAACUUGUCCAAGUAUCCACAUUGCACAGUGUUCACCUCUAUGCUGCCCCUCAACCGCUUCCCCAAUGCCAGCGAACCAUUGAUGCGAUCCGACCCAGCAUUGCAAAACAACAACAACUUUAUCAAUGGUAUGAAUGAGUUUGGACAUGUGAUGAUCAACAAAGGUAAACCCUUUGAUGACUCAGCGGCUGGAUCACUUGUCAAGACCUAUCUCCAGUAUGCGCCAAACAAGAGCCACAUGAGUACAAACAACGAUCAAAUCUUCUAUCACUUCCAACAAUUCUAUCCAUUCGUCUUUGCUCGAGAUGAAGAUAAUGAAAGAGAUAGGAGAUGGCGAUGUGAUGCCAUUAAGGAUCCAAUACUCAUGGCGGAGUUCACAUUGUUAUUCAUCUGGAGCAUGGCAUCAGAGGAGGAUUAUUGUUCAAUUCUGGAUACGUUGAAGAAGAUCAUGAUGUUCCUAGACUUUGGUGAUCAGAUCAUCUAUCAUGCUGUGAGAUGGUUGUGCUUUGACCACAAGGUCCAUAACUACACCAUCGACUAUGUCAAUGACGUUGUACACUUCAUGCCACAUAUCACAAAGAUCAGGGUACCCCUUAAUGUUACCCUUAUGGAGGGUCCCAAUGAACUGAUUGGAUUCUCCAACGCCGAAAUCGCAAACAUGUAUCCAAAGGGAUUCGAAGUCAACAAGUUCAACAUGACACUGGCACACUAUGCCGCCAUCAAUGACAAUAUCGAACUGUUCAAGAUACUGUACGCGGAAGAGGAGAUCAAGGCGCCAUAUCCGACAAUGUGUGAUCUCAUACUCCAACUUUCAUACCAUCAAUCACCUUGCCUCAACCAUCUUCUUCAGCGCUACCCCAACUACUUUGUCAACAACCCUUCAGUCUAUCCACUUUGGUCAUUGGCACACAAUCGCCGCUGCACCAAAGUGAUACCAUUCAAACAUAUGUUGUACCCUGGAUUCAAAACGGGCAUCCCGCACCUGCCCGACCUGGAGGACCUCUGCGUGGCAUAUGGCAACAUGUUUGUGCUCAAGUACCUGGUCACCAACAACAUCACCACUCAAACGAGGAUACCUCAUUCUCCCGAGCACCCACACCUCUGCUCUGCCCUCGGCAUGUUCCUCGCUGACCCAAAUAAGAAUCAUAUAUUCUUGGCCUUCCGCAAUCAAGGCCUUUACGCCGUGACCAAGAAGAUUCACGUGUGUGAAGAGACACUAGUCCGCGCGGUCAAUGGAACGAGUGAGGAGUUGAUGAGGGCGGUGCUCGGCAUGAAGUUCGCCAACUCAUCUUGGCCAUUCUACUACAAGGGCAACACCAAGAUACCAAUCGCCUCGCUGGCGCUGCCGUGUGUCAACAUCGACGCCGUUCUCCACACGCCCAACAUGCCGCCCAUCGAGAAGCUGAUCAUCGACUUUGAGCAAUGGCAAUCAAUUGCCAAUGAAAUCAUUUAUAGAGACAAACCGUUGACCAAGCUGACACAAGAUCAUAUCAAGCAGUGUAGUCUCCUGGACUUGUUCAUGCUCUAUGGAGACAUCAAAAUGCUCUCCAACCAGUUGCUCAAACACUUCACACUGGUCACGCCACAGACAAGGUCACUGAUGAAGUAUCGUACUGCUAGCGAUCGUAUGAAGAUUAUACAGGUCUUUUUGAAUAUGGAUAUGCUACUUGAUCCACGUGGUGGAGGUGGCGGCGGUGGCGGUGGAGCAGUAGGCAAGUCAAAGAAGAAGAAGAAGAGUGGAUCACAGAAGAAGAAACAACCACAGGCAAAGGAUCAGCAAGCGAAGCAAACAGCAUCAACAGUAGUAGACGAUGAUGAUGAGGGCGAUGAUGGUGAAGAUGAUGACAAAGGAGUCGUGAACAUGGAUGCCCUCAAGGAUAUCAUCAAUCAAAUUGGGAACGGAUCAGUCAAGUCACAAUCUACAGAUGACGACACAGCAUUACAACCUGCCCAACAAUCACCAACAACAACAACCACGAUCGCAACUACAACAGCUGCUACUCCAAUCAUCCAACAACAACAAGAACCUGCUCCAGUGGAGCCUACCCCACCACUGCCUCCAAGCCCAGAGGUAUCGACACCUCAGCCUACAGUGGCAGAUACACAGAAGGCUGUGGAAGAGCCAGUUCCAGUUCAUUACGAGCGAUCAGUGGGCAAGUUCAAGUUCAGCAAGAAGUUGAUCAUUGGACGUGGAAGCAAUGGCACUCUGGUGUACAAAGGUGUGUGGUGUGACAAGGUGCCCGUGGCAAUCAAGCAGUUGUUCAAGGAGUUCAACACACUCAUCGAUAAGGAGGUGGAGAUACUCAUUCAACUCACAGCAUUGGCCACUGCUACAGACAACUUGGUGAGAUUCUUUGGAAUGGAGGAGGACGACAACUUCAUCUACUUGGCGACGUCACUGUGUGAGAUGUCACUCCAGGAGAUGGUCGAGGUACACAGGACACGUUUCCAAUCAUUGAACAAACAGACAAUGAUCAAUGACAUUGUGAAUGGCGUCCGGUUCCUGCAUCAACACAACAUCAUCCACAAUGAUCUCAAUCCUCGCAACAUCCUGUUCAAAGACAAACACCUGUUCAUCACUGACAUGGGACUGAGCAAGAUGUCUGUUGAGACAUCAUUCGCAUUCACUCAUGCUCCAAGUGGUCAAGGUGGUUACUUCCCAUCAGAGGUCAUCAAGGAUCAGCGAAAGACUAACUCUGUCGACAUCUUCUCACUUGGAUGUCUGAUGUAUUACAUCCUCACUGAUGGUGGUCAUCCAUUCGGUGAUGAGAUCCAUCGACGUGUGACCAAGAUCAUUGACAAUCAUUUCAAUCUCAGUCAACUCACCGAUAACUAUGCAGUUGAUCUCAUCACACAGAUGAUUGAGCAUGACUCAGCAUCUCGACCAACCAUCCAAACAGUGAUCAAUCAUCCAUUCUUCUGGGACAUCAACAAGAGACAAUCAUUCAUCAUCCGAGUGUCACAGAGCAUUCAGAACCAAUCACAUACAUUCCUCAACACAACAACCGACAAACAAAAGUAUCUUCGUCAAUCAUGGAACAUGUCAAUCGAUUCCAAACUCUUGGAUCAACUCAAUCAAGAGACACAAUACAACUUCAACAAUGUGAAGGACCUUGUUCGAUGCAUCAGGAACACAACACUCCAUCAUCAUCAUCUGUUCACAGACAGCAGCAAGACAUCGACAUUCUUCACAUCACAACAAUCAGCAUUCCAAUACUUUGAACAACGACAUCCAACACUUGUACUACACCUAUAUCACCGACUAAGAGGUACAACUGAUGUCGAAUCAGAUAACCUCAAGGAGUUCUAUCCCAACUCACUUUAA